GGGCACGUGACGGAAUAGGCGUGUCGCGGUGCUGUAGCAACGGCGGCGGUCGGCAUGGCCAAGCAGUACGACAUGGUGGAGUGUCCUUUCUGUGAUGAGGUCUCCAAGUACGAGAAGCUCGCCAAGAUCGGGCAGGGCACCUUCGGGGAAGUUUUCAAAGCCAAACAUCGUCAGACAGGCAAGAAAGUAGCACUGAAGAAAGUGUUGAUGGAAAAUGAGAAGGAGGGGUUCCCCAUCACAGCCUUGCGAGAGAUUAAAAUCCUCCAGCUGCUCAAACAUGAGAACGUGGUGAACCUCAUAGAAAUCUGCAGGACCAAAGCCUCUCCAUACAACCGCUGCAAGGGCAGUAUCUACCUUGUGUUUGACUUCUGCGAGCACGACCUGGCUGGCCUUCUCAGCAAUGCUCACGUCAAGUUCACGCUCUCAGAGAUCAAGAAAGUUAUGCAGAUGCUAUUGAAUGGACUUUACUACAUCCACAGGAACAAGAUCUUGCAUCGAGACAUGAAAGCUGCGAAUGUCCUGAUCACGCGGGAUGGAGUCCUGAAGCUUGCAGACUUCGGGCUGGCUCGAGCUUUCAGCCUGGCUAAGAACAGCCAGCCAAACCGCUACACCAACCGGGUGGUGACUCUGUGGUAUCGGCCGCCAGAGCUGCUCCUAGGGGAGCGGGACUAUGGUCCCCCCAUUGACCUGUGGGGUGGAGGCUGCAUCAUGGCAGAGAUGUGGACCCGCAGCCCCAUCAUGCAGGGGAACACAGAGCAGCACCAGCUCACCCUCAUCAGCCAGCUCUGUGGAUCCAUCACGCCAGAGGUUUGGCCGAAUGUGGAUAAAUAUGAGCUGUACCAGAAGCUGGAUCUCCCCAAGGGCCAGAAGCGCAAGGUGAAGGAUCGCCUGAAAGCCUACGUCAAAGACCCCUAUGCACUCGACCUCAUUGACAAGCUGCUGGUGCUGGAUCCUGCCCAGCGGAUUGACAGCGACGACGCGCUGAACCAUGACUUCUUCUGGUCAGACCCCAUGCCCUCAGACCUCAAAAACAUGCUGUCCACGCACAACCAGUCCAUGUUCGAGUACCUGGCCCCACCACGGAGGAGGGGUGGGCACAUGCCCCAGCAGCCAGCAAACCAGGGCAGGAACCCGGCUGCAACCAACCAGACUGAAUUUGACAGAGUGUUUUGAGCAGGGGCUUCCCCAGCGGGGUCCCGGCUGGGCUACUCUGCAGGUUGCAUUGAGCGGGGAUGUCCUGGUGGGGUCGUUCUGUCUGGGAAGGGACUUUCUUCAAGGAGAAGCGUCUGCUGGCUUUAACCGAGCUCUGCCGUCCUCUCUUCUCAUGCAGCAGCUCAGCCACUGUGGAGCUGCGUGACUGGGAAGGUGAUACCUGCGGGCCCGGGGUUGUUUCCCUGCAGCUUUGGCACAGAGCCUGUGUUCCCCCUGCAACAGUCUGUAUUGGUUACGUUAAUCUUGUGGAUCGAUUGUUAUGGACCUGGUGAUGGAGAAAGUGGCUCUGUCAGUGCUGGGGCUCUUGGCGAGCGGUGCUGUGACCGGCAGGACUGGGAGUACCUGCCCUGGACCAAACUGAGCCCUGCUGGGAUAUGUUGCAGCUCUCUCGGUUGGUCAUAGCUGCUGCACGGCGUGUCCUUUGAAUGCUGAAGCGUUGAUGUAGGACAACGCAGGCGCUUCUGAGUAAUGCGGAGGUGUCCUGGGGAAGGCAGAGUUGCUCUAGACAGCAUGACUAACUCACACUGGCUCUAGCCUAGAAAGGGGCAAACCAGAGGGGCGGCUGGCAGAGCUGGUUGCUCCAUACAGCCAGGAUUUACGGUGGGAAUCGUUGAUCUCUGUAACAGCACGCGGUGUCCACGCUUUCUUCGUGCAAACUGCAAUUGGGAGUCGUGUCAGACACACCCACCCUGCUGCAUGCUUUCCCUGUAGUGCUGGCUGUGGCAGGAGUUUGGAUGGGGAAGGGAGUUGUGAGUGCUCGCCUCAGCCUGGGGCGAGACCUGCCGUCCCACUGUCUGCAGGGAUUUCACGAUGGCCUGGCAGUGUUUGGAACACUGUGCUUGGGAGCAGGGUGACUCUUUGAACACUCGCGUGUCUGCUCCUCUGCCCUGGAGCUCUUUGCAUGAGUCUAGAGCAAGACCGCUGCCUUCCCUGGGUACAGCGACCAGCCAGAGCUUGUCCGGACCAACUCUUACAGAGUGAGUGCUCCUUCACAGCCUGCUGUAGCGGAACCGCUCGCUGAACGCUUUGUCUUCCACGGCUGUCAGCUGCAGCUGGCCGUUUUCUCAGUGAGCCCCAUGGAUCCCAAGACUUUCAAAAAAAUAACGUGUACGACAUGCAGCAGGUGAUAACCUUUGGCAUUUGAUAGGUUGUCCAUUAACUAGACUAAUGCAAAAGCCACGUCGGUAGCAUAAGGUGUCAGGAGGAAGCAGUGGUGAGCAGGGCUGUUCUCAGGACAAAAAGUGAGGAUGAUAAAGGACGUGUACAAGGUAAAUCUCUCGAUGCGGGGCUCUGAAACAGUGUCUGGUUAGGGGGACUUGGUUUCUUUGGAAAAAAUGAGGUUGGUUGCAAGCAAUAAGCCAGAUCACUUCUGCUGGUUGUGAAUAAACACGAUCCUGUCCCAAA